GUAGAAAUCCAAUAGGCAUCCCUAAUGCGUAAUAAUCUUGUCAGAAACAACAUGUGUCAAACAUGUGGCUCAGCAGCCUUUAGGAAACCUGAGGCGCCACCUGAUAUCCUAAUACAGGUAACCUGUAUUUACAGAACAGAAUGCUGCUCAGCCAGUCAUAUUAAGAAUAUGUCAAUUUUCUUUUUUUAAUUGUGGGAUUUAGGUUAUAGAGUGAGGCAAAGAAAGAACUUUGUUUCAGGAAAAGAUGAAGAAUAUAAAAGUACAAUCAGUGAAGAUGUGAAAAUUGAUAUUCAUUUGGCUUGCUGUGCCCCAACUACAAUAGCUCCUUGCUCCCUAUUUGGCCCCCGACCCCUACUUUGGGAACCAUUGGUUUAACUAUUGGACAUAACUGUGUAAAUACAGUAAAACUCUAGUAUGUGAGGGAUUAAACGUAAACAAUAAUCCUUCUGAAAGUAUUGGUCGGUCUAAGGAGCACCGACCAAACUAACCACCAACCAAACCACAGACACAGAUACUGUGUGCAGCUCCUGAGUUCCACCUAACCCAGCUAUUCCGUCCCUUCCUUCUGUCUGCGUCUCAGCCCUGGUCAAGUAUUCAACCACUCAGCUCCUCGCCCCCCACUGCCCUCCCAACACUCCACCCCAUGCAGACCUCCUUUCCUGCCUCAGGAUGCGAUGCAGUGACGUUGCUUGCCAGCGCAGUGAGAUUGUCCUUGUCCUGAUGUGUUUGUGCACUGAAGAGGUUACAGGGAAACAGCUUGCCAGGGGCAGGCAGCUGCUGCUUCCUACAGUUUGCAGCAGUUUUGGGGGGGACAACAGCAGGAUGCCAUGGGGGAGAAGUGGCUCAGCGGCCAUGCUGCUGCUGCUGUCGGGCAGAGCCAUCGGACGGGCCAAGACCAGAGACCCCAGUCCCACCGAGAUGAGCGUGGAGCCCUGGGCCAGCCCGCAGGACCAGGCAGCCGCUGAACACACACACAGCGCCGUUUCUUCUCUGGACCAGGAGCAGCAUCCGGACAAACUCUGCCUGGACUCUUUCUGGAGCGAGGUGGAGACCAUCCGACAGGGGAGUGGCGACGCAGACCUCGAAUGCACCAGGAGGGACUCCAGACAGUCUGAAGAGGGCGAACAGGAAGAGCAGUGGCUGGCUGACGCUGGGUUGUCGACCCUCAUCAGCGAGGACAGUGGAGACAUAGACAAUGUUGUGUUGCUGUCUACCUUGACCCGGACCCAGGCUGAGGCUGUCCAACGCCGAAUAGACUCUUACACGCUUUCCCUCCGCAAGAGGAACAAACCGGCGCCGCGGGACGUUCGUGACAUCUUCAAUUCCCCCAUUACACAGACACUUCUGCCCGAUCCUCAGCACGGUGACGACCUGGCACAAAACAGCAUGGCGUCGGUUGCCAAAACACCGCUGUCAGGUGUGACCCCGGAGCAUCAGCGGUGUGCCCCUAAAGAGGAAUUCCUCUUCACGGACGUGGCCUACUGUGAACAGGCCGUCAUCUUCCUCAAACAGGCCAAACUGCCACAGAACAGCAGCCAGAGCAGGAAAGAAGAUGGGACUCUGCCUCGGGUGGUCUGCCCCAAGUGUCGCCUGGGAGUGACUCGAGUCCAGGAUCUCUCCCAAGCUGACAUGAAGAAGGUGCGUCAGCUGGCUCUCAUCGACAUGACAGCGCUGUGUGACCUCUUAGAGUUAGAGGUCAAGAGGCACAAGUCCGUGAAGAGAAAAAUCCCAGAAAGCUGUCUGUAUGGGGUUCCCCUGGCCACGAUGCUGGAGAACGACCAGAAAAUAAAGCCCAACACAUCAAUCCCACUUUUCCUGCAGGCGUUGUUGUCAUUUUUGGACAAAAAAGGUCUCGACUCAGAGGGGAUCCUGCGGGUUCCAGGAUCGCAAUCCAGAAUCAAGCUGCUGCAGCAGAACCUGGAGACCAACUUCUACUCUGGGCUGGUCAGCUGGGACGAAGUGAGUCCGAACGAUGCUGCCGCACUGCUGAAAAAGUUCAUCCGAGAACUGCCCGCUCCUCUGCUCACCCCCGAGUACCUGAACACCUUCAGCGCUGUCAGAGACAUCACAGACCUGAAACAGAAACUUCAUAUGUUGAACCUGCUCGUCCUGCUGCUGCCUGAGCCCAACAGAAACACACUGAAGGCUCUCCUCGACUUCCUCAGUAAGGUGGUUUCCAGAGAGAAGAGGAACAAGAUGAACCUGUGGGCCGUGGCCACCAUCAUGGCUCCAAACCUCUUCCUCCACAAAGCUGUGCCAAGUCGUCUGACGGAGGGGGCGGAGAAAGGACAGGCAGAGAAGGCGGCUGACGUUAUGAGACUUCUCAUCCGCUACCAGGACUUCCUGUGGAUAAUCCCUAACUUCCUCCUGUACCAGGUUCGCAAGCUGAACGAGAACAGUAGCCGGCGUUACCAGUUCUACGAUCGCCGCAUCAAGAACCUUCUCAGGAAGAUCCACACAGAUAGCCGCGAGAAAACGGAAAAAAACAGCUCAGAGCACUGCCGUACAGUAAAGGUCCACGUGGGGGAGCUGGUGAGAGGCACCAUGGAGUUUCAGCUCAGCAUCAACUCACGAACCUCUGACCUGCUCUCUCAGUUUCACCGUCAGUUCCUUCGUAGCCCUGAAAAAGGAAAGGGCAAGAUGCGAAGGAAUGGCUCUGUGACUUAUUCAGACUGCGCUGUGUACGAGGUGGGAGGAAACAUCGGUGAGCACUGCCUGGAUCUUGAUACACACCUCCUGGAUCUGUACAACAACAACCCCGGAGGGGAGUGGGUCAUCAGGCUGAGACCCGGUGCCAGCAGAGGUCUGUAGUGCAGCAGCCGUGGACAGAACAGGAAACAGGUGUCUGAGGACAAGAGAAGAAGAGGAAAAAAAUGAAUCCACGCAGCCUCCUGUUCAACCUCGGAGCAACAUGUCAGAGGGAGACAGAUGGAGGAGGCAGAAGCAGAGGAGGGAGAAUCUGCCCGGAGCAGAGCCUGAGAACUGCUUCAGAUCAGAUGGACUAACUCAGUGGAAAAGUUUUCUUUUCUCUCUUCCAUCGUCAUUUUCCUCAAAUUCACCGUCCCUGUUCAAGCCACAACCCUGGAAGCGUGGCGCUGCUGACGUGAUUCAUUAGUUCCGACAGAGAACCUGCUGCACAGAACAGAUGGGAACACAGAGAACCUCUGGCUACAGAGAGCCCAGGCUCCUGCUGUUGUCUCAGGCCAGUCACACAGAGUUUCUCUGCUUUAUAUUCAUUCAUCUGUCUGUUUGAAAAAAAAAAAACAACUAAAAAUAUUAGCUUCACACCGUUAGACACAAGUUCUUACAAUUAGUUUUGAUCAACAAAGCAAGAGAAAUUAAGAGAAAUUUAGUUUUAGUUUUUUUGAAUCUUCUGUAAUACUAAAAAAAAAUAUUUUAGACAUGGACAUUUUAAGUAAACUACUAUUUUCACUGAACAAAAAUAUGAAUCAGGAAAAUUUCCCAAGCUAAUUUUAAAAAAAUGUUUACUUGUCUCCACAAAACAAUGACUGUAAAACACUUAGUGUUUGUUCAGUCUAGUCAUUUUCUGUGUUCAAAUUUGUCUCUGCUGCGACCUUUCUGCAGCAGCUUCUCACCACCAAGAGGACACGCCCCUCACUUUGAGAACACCUCUUAUAAUUGUUUACUGAGAUCAACCAAAAAAACCCUUCCUUGUUCCAAAAGAGAUCAGAUGAGUGGAGGCAGGUGACUUAAACCACACCUCAAGUAAGGACAGGAAAUAAAAAGUAUUUGAAAUACAUUAGGAUCAAUGCAGAAAUAAUUAACGUGAAACCUGAGCCUGAGACGCAGAAUGGACUUUUUGUAAACAGACGAAUCAUUGACUAAUUAACUGAUUGAUCUGCAUUGGACUCUGCAUUUUCUCUGACAGUGAUUUUUAAGAAGAAAGGCAGGAUUUCUCUGUGGUCUGUGGUCAUUCACCUGUGCAUGUGUGUGUUUGGGAUAGACCUGAUAUCCCUGUUAUCUAUACAGCCCCAUGGUCUCCUGGGCCUUAUAAAAAUCCAUGGACUUCCAAGGACCCUUGACCUGCACUGAGGGGCUGCUCAGAGAGUCUCCUCCGUAUUGACCCCUGGGGGAGAUUCAGUGUCACAGCCUGAAGGACACUGAGUGUUUUUGUACAAAAGAAGGGAAUUGUUCAGGCCACCACAGUGAAGCUGGUCUUCAGUGGGGCUGAGCUGACGUCUGGCUGUAAUUAUCUGUGUGAAUGUGCUGCUGUCGUUGCUUCUCUAUCUGAUAAGUGUUCUGUGACUCACAGACAGUGUUGAGGAUCCUGCUGCAGUAUAACAAGCAGUGUGUGUUGUGUUAACUCGCCCGUACUCAGAAUGGGAAUUUACAGUGUUCUUGUACAUAUUUUUAUGUCUAUUUCUACAUUUGUUUCCACUGAACGGUGCAGAAAAAAAACACCUUCCUGUGUACAUACCCCUCAGACCUGCCCUCUGCUGCAACCAAGCACUAAACCCACGUCCGUGGAACUCUACCUUGUGACACGUUGUUCUUCCAAAAGCAGCUCAAGUUCAUUUCAGACAGUAUUUUCUACCAGACUGUGACUCGUUUCCCUCCUCGCCACCUGAGCGCCAUGUUGGUGCUGCGCAGCCAUUUUGUGGAUGUGAUCAGACGCUCCGCUCAGUAGAUGGAGUAAUGACGGGCCGACACCAGCACCGACAUCUAUCAUCGGCCUCUGCUCCAUCUCUGUCACCGGCCUCAUAAUGGACCAUAAUGGAGGUGCGGCGCUCGCAUCACAAAGGCGCCGAGAAAUCACUUUUCCUUGAUAAGGACGGGGGUAAUAAAUGGCUGUUAUAAAUUCUGCUGCCCUGGACCUGACAGCAGCACCAGAGCGUGCCUGCAUCAUGGAACGCGUGUGUGUGUGCAUGCAUGUGUGUGAUGAGCUUCAUUACACAAGUCCAAUUGGCCCUUGCCGGGGACACGGGCACAGCUCAGUGCCUCAGCACAAAGCAAGCUGAUGAAUCUGCCUCCUGCUGACAAUCAGAGGAAGUAGGUCACCUCUGAGGCAGCAGUGAGCCUCCAAAUACCCCCAGGAGCCAGGCACAGGGGUGUAUGCAUGCUGUCUAAACACACAUGACACACACGUGGUUGGAUCAAAAUAAGGGUCGAAAGUUCACACGGUGCGGUUUUGUGAUGAAUCUGUGUUUGUGUAAAUGUGAACGGGAGGGAAAAAAAGAUAAACAUCUUCAAAUGUAAAUAUUUCCGUCAUUGACUCAACGGUGUUUUGUAGACUCGUAUUAUCUUCAUCUGCAUCCAGCUUUAAUUCAACGAAAGCUUCUCAGUCAUCAGAAUGUAUAUUUAUGCCCUUGACACCAGUCGUUUGAACACCUUUUUUUGUAAAAGUACUUUUGUGUAGCCAAAAAAAAAAGACACUUUUACAGGAUGUUGUUUUUAUGUCAAUAAAUGUGAAUCUGA